UAUUUCCCUAGUUAUGUCCUAUUUUUCGAAGAAUCCUUCGCGAUUUCUAAAACCCAAGUCAGUUUACCUUCACCACAUCAAGAAAAUCAAACACCCCAAAGCAAAAAGAAAGUUUCAUUUCGAGUACACGAAUGUACUGAACACUUGUAACAGUGGAGCAGGAGGUAUCUACACUCCACAAUGUAAAAGAGUCACCUUCAGAAUACACCCGACUGCACCUGACUCCUUUCAUGCCCGAGAAUAUCUAGAAAACAAGCUGUCGGAAGUAGCAACGAAGUACAAUUCAGUUAGUUUCUACGUAACUGAAUCUCAGACAAGGGUUCCUGUGCUCAUAGCCCACUAUCUGAACGGUUAUCAAGAGGAGCAGCGCAUAGACAAUGUACACGAAGGAAUCCUUUCACAGUUUGUUGAGAAGUAUUGCAACUAUUCUGGGGAUAUACAAAAAGGUACCAUGAACAGACAACAGCCAGUUGAUUACACCAGAUCAAUACAAGGCAUGUGGAGUCCGUACACGAACAACCCUCAGGCUGAUCUCAACGCACCCUUAUCGGUGCAAGAGUUGAAGAACAAACACAGAACGGCCAUUGAUGUGAACAAGUACAGGGGUCUCCCGCCAGAUUUCUAUAACAAAAUGAACAAGUUAUCGCGAUAAAUAUUUGGGAAUAUUUUAGUAAUUUAAGUUGGUAAUUUAUUGUCUUUUGUAACGUUGGACAUGUAUCAAAAUUAAUUUGACAUUUGCUAUUUUUCUAGUUUAACCUAUCAUAUUUUAUUAUACGGUGUUCCCCAUUUUGUACCUCUGAUAACAAUGUAAUCAUUAAUAAAGAAUCGGCCGCAAGUUUUCUGUAGAUUAGGAUUAAUUAAGUAAUUGUGUAAAUAAUGUAAUAGGCGCCAAGAAUUGGUACAGAAUUUACAUCAGUAAUCCGACUCUCUGCUUUGACUGUCUCCGCAUAGAUAAAUCUGCACAAAUUAGUCACAUUUGGUUACGUGAUACAAAAAUCGAAUAAAUUGAAUUUGUUGAUUUAUUCAUCCCAAAA